AUGCCUAGACGACGAAUUAGUAACAAUGAAAGGUGGCAAAUCAUUGGCAUGCAUAAUACGGGAAUGUCAUGUAGGGAAAUUGGACGACAACUCAAUAUUACCCACACCGUCAUCAGUCGUCUAAUACGAAAGCACGUGGCUACUGGGAAUGUCCAAGAUCGACAACGAAGUGGAAGACCCAGAAAAACAACUGCUCGUGAUGACAGAAUGCUUUUGAGACUGGCUAGGCAGGAGCCAAGAUCGGCAAGUCAACGCCCGCACGUUGAAGCGGAGACUAAUAGCUGUUGGACUUUCUUCACGUCGUCCUAUCCGACGUCCUCUUCUCACCCAGAGACAUAUCCAGGACCGAUUGCAGCGGUGCAACACACGGCGCGGUCGGAAUAUUCGGUCAUGGAGACGUGUUCAUUGGUCUGA